GAUAUUUUUCUUGACUUUUUAGAUGGCAUUUUGAAAGCGUAUCCGCGCCAGUUCGUCAGGGUUUUCCGAAUUCGGUGAUUUGAUUUUUUUUGUCUUCAACGAUGGAUUUCGAACUCAAGUACUGCUGUGAAAGCCGUGGGCUGAAACGAAGUCUCGACUCGGUAUUGGACGACUGCGACAAACUCACGACUGACGGAGACGAGUCUGCGGAUUCCUUUGGCUCCACCGUCGACUCCUUUGUGGACAAACUCGAAUUGAACCUUCCGGCAAUGUCUUUUAUGCCGACGUCGUCGUCACCUUCAUUGUCCUCGUCUCCGCCAACCCCUCCGGCGACGGAGUCUUCUCUCGUUGUGGGAUCUAAACUCUUGGCGACGCAACAAACGCUCAAUAUAGCAUUUGGGCCGCAGGGUCAAUUGUACGCCUUGUUGCCUGCUAUGGAAACUGUGCCAGAAAAGGUCAUGGUUCCUCGGCCGAAAAUUUUUGUAUCAGAAGAAGGGAAUCGGUUGAGUCAGUGUGACGACAAAAGACGUGCUACUCAUAACGAAGUCGAGCGUCGGCGAAGGGACAAGAUCAACACGCUGAUCAUGAAACUUGCCAAAAUCAUCCCGGAUUGUCCGACGAGCAAGAGCGAUAUUUUGUGCAGAGCCUGCGACUAUGUGUCUGAUCUGCAGAGAUAUUUGACCGCGUUGGAGGAAAAGUUUGAAAAGGCUGAAGUGGGCGAAUAUGAUCGACAGAUCGAAGUACUUAGUGCGGAAAACAUGGCCUUGAGAGCGGUGCUGGAACGGAACGGGAUCCCGGUUCCCGAGUUUGACGAAUCUGGCGUUUCGUGAUUAUGUUCCACGUGUUUCACACACACACACACAGAAACACACCACAAGGUCGUACCUCCGUCCGACAGUGGCUUGGCGUAGUUUUCUCUGGCUCAGCAAGUCGUGAACUUUAAAAUCCGUUAAUAAAAAAAAGAAAAAAAAAGAAAUGCGAGUGACCGCGAUUAAGCUGUUAUAGAGUAUCUAUUCUCUGUUGAACCCGUUCGAAGGAGCGGUUUUAAAUGCUGUUUUCUCUUUUGAUUUUGGGGAUGGGAUUGUUUAAACAGGAGAUUAGAGAGGCGAAGGAAAGGUCUCUUCUGUAGCUCGUGACGUGAGUUUUUUUGUUGAUGAUGAAUUCGUUGAUACGGGGAGAUCUUGGACGGUGUGCGGGUUUGGCUUGAAAUUAGGAAGCGAUCUGUUCGAUUGCAUGGUAGGGGGGAUUCCUACUAACUGAUGCGAAUGUGUGAGGUUCUAGUCUGAUUUCUCAUGAUAAUGCACCGUAUUCGAGCGAAUAUAAAACGGAUUCUUUCUGAUUUUCAGUUUUUGGCGAGUAAAAAAUCAAGGUGUUUCGUGGAAAAUCUGCUCAACUCCUCGUGCGCACGGUUGACGGAGUGGUCUAAAUCUAAAACGUUGUUCGAAUUGAAAAAAAUUUGUGUUUGUUAUCUCAUUGAUAUCUUCCUGCUGAGGAUAAGUUCGAAACGAACGUUGAACUACCUGUGUUGCGUAUUGGAAGGCAAAAAAAUUAGAUUAAAUUUUUUUUUUCUAACGCUAUGGCUUGGGAAUUGAAUUUUGCUUGCGAGGACUUGCAAUGAGCCUUGAUUUACGGACCGUCAUCGCGAUUAAUUUCGUGCGAAGAGAUUCCUGAAGGCAAUGGUUUUCCUCCCCGCCUGAAUUUCUGGCGUAUUUUGAAAGAACUGGGGAUUCGUGUUAACUUAACGAGGGACUUUUUCUACCGAAGAGAUCAACUGAAAAUAAAUUGAAUAUGUGUUUGAAGCAAUGGCUUCUUAUAUUCGCUCGAAUACGGUAUAUUAAAUAGAGGUUCUAGGAGAGGUUCAAUUCUUCUAAGAAGAUUAUAAACUUUAGAGUCUGUUUUAGACUUGUCGAAGAGCGUGACGGCGAGAAAACAAAUCGUGCAAUGAACAUGCUAUUUAAAAAAAAUGUGAUGCGUUUUAGAUUUCCAGCGUCUAUGUUUUAGAAAUACGGAUUUAUUUCUGCAUCAGUGUGGAAAGAUUCAGCGAAGCUGUGAGGAAAUUGAAUCAGGUAGUUGAAGAUCAGCUUCGAGUUUUCGCUCUGAAAACACGCGUUAUUAUUUUCGAGAACGAAAGAGUGACACUAACAAGCAAUUGGCUGUGAGAAGCUGAGCUGCCAUGAAGUGAGAAACGAUCGAUUUGUUCGAGAAGUUUGAAAGCGGCGUUAGUUGUUAACCGCGAUUAGUUGUUUCACAAUCGAUGCCGUUGUUCUACUCAGGCAAAUCUUGGUAAUUCGUCUGAGAAAAAAAAAUCUCGAUAGUUUCUGACUUCGUGUUCCAUGGUUUCAUUCAACGACGUGCAAUGUUCUGCGGAAGCUUUCAGGAAUUUUAGUUAUAUUCAGCGCGUAGUCAUUUUUAGUGAUGUUGACUCGUUUGGAGGUGAUGAUAAAAAAGGAGAAGAAAU